GGACAACUCUAUUUUUUUUUUCUCUUUUUCUUUCUUGUUCUUUUCUCUCCACAAACCAACACACAGUAUGAAAUUGGCACUCUACUUUAAGGCAGAUCUUGAAAACGUGACAGAUCUUGUCCCUGCUGAAGAUUACGAAUGGCAUUUCAAGAUUGAAUGUGGAAGCUGUCACGAAGUGGAUGAAAACUGGAUCUCAUUUAAUAGACAGGACGAAUAUGAUAUGAGCAAUUCUCGUGGUCAAGCCAAUCUUGUGAUGCGAUGCAAGUUUUGUAAACGGGAAUCCACUGCUCAAUUCGAUCCUAGUAGUAAAGUAACCAGUUAUACUGACAGUGGUAAAUUCCAAAAGUUGGCGGUAUUCGAUGUCCGUGGUUUAGAAUUGGUGGAUUUUGCUCCAAGGGAUACAUGGUUGGCUAAGGGUACUGAAACUGAUACUCGAUUUGAUGAUAUUGAUUUAUUGGAAGGUGAAUGGGCGGAUUAUGAUGAAACGGCUGGAGAACCUGUUGGUAUCACCAACAUUGAAGUCCAAUUUAAAAAAGAAAAAUGA